ACAACACAUUCCUCACCUGUCUUCUCUCUCCCUCUCCCUCUCCCUCUCCCUCUCCCUCUCUCUGAGAUCACCAAAAUCUCCAUGAACACACUUUCAACUCUCUCUCUGCAAGCACCUAAAAACCCUUCUCUCACUCUUCAACAAACACCACCCCAUAUCUCUCCUCUCUUUAUCUCUCCAGAACUAUAAUUUUCUCUCUCUAGAAAAAAAAAGGAACAAGAAAUGGGUUCUCUCAUCCCAUGUCUUGACCUCAACCUCAUCCCUGACCCCCCCACCACCACCAUCACCACCGCAACCAUCAUCCCAAAAUUGGAGCCCAAACUCGAACCCUUGGACGAACCUCUUCAAAACCAUUUCCAACAACCCUACUUUUCAACCCCAAACCCUAGUUUUCCUUUCAAUUCUCAUCCCGAUACGGCAUUUCCUGAACUGAACACAAACUCCGAUGGCUCGAUUCAUGACCCUACCGAAUCGUCCGAAGAGAACUACGUGUACUCGGAGUACAAUCGCAUUUCGGAGCUUUUCCGUACUGCUUUCGGUAAGAAGCGAAUGCAGAGUUUCGACGACGCUGACGUGUCGGAUCCCGAUUCGCGCGCGAUUGUUCUUGUACCGGAGGAAAACCAGGUCUCCGCCGUGGUUGUUCCGCCGCGGCGGCGCUAUUUUCAGCGGUCGUCGGAACUGGUUAGGGUUACGGAUUUGAGAAUUGAGGACCAGAGGUACUUUCGGGACCUUGUGAGGAAGACGAGAAUGCUGUAUGAUUCGCUUAGGGUUUUUGCCAUGGCGGAGGAGGAGAAGAGGCGGGCUUUAGGGCUUGGGAGGCGGUCGAAUCGGGGCGAUUUGAAGUCUGCGUCGGUGAUGAGGGAUCGGGGAUUGUGGAUGAAUCGUGACAAGAGAAUUGUGGGUCCGAUCCCUGGUGUUUACAUUGGUGAUUUGUUCUUUUUUAGAAUGGAAUUGUGUGUAAUUGGACUCCAUGGCCAAGCUCAAGCCGGGAUUGAUUACCUUCCGGCGAGUCAGAGCUCGAAUCACGAGCCAAUUGCGACGAGUAUAAUUGUCUCCGGUGGGUAUGAAGACGAUGAAGAUGGGGGUGAAGAGAUAAUUUACACUGGUCAAGGUGGGCAAGACAAGAAUUCGAAGCAAUGUGUUCAUCAGAAGUUGGAAGGCGGAAAUCUUGCUUUGGAGCGGAGUAUGCAUUACGGGAUUGAAGUCAGAGUGAUUCGAGGCCGGAAAUAUGAAGGUAGCGCCAGUGGUAAGGUUUAUGUUUAUGAUGGGUUAUAUACAAUUCGUGAAACAUGGUUUGAUGUGGGUAGGUCUGGUUUUGGAGUUUAUAAAUACAGACUCACUAGAAUUGAAAAUCAACCCGAGAUGGGUAGUACUGUUUUGAGGUUCGCUGAGAAUCUUAGGACUAGACCUUUAUCGGUCAGACCAAUGGGUAAUAUUAGUUUUGAUAUCUCCAUGAACAAGGAAAAUGUCCCGGUUUUUUUAUACAAUGAUAUAGAUAAUGAUCAUGUACCAUUGUAUUAUGAGUAUAUCGUGACGAGUAUAUUCCCUCCUUAUGCAUAUCAUGGGGGAAAUGGUAAUGGCUGUGACUGUAUUUCGGGUUGUAUGGAUGAUUGUCAAUGUGCUAUGAAAAAUGGCGGUGAGUUUGCUUAUGAUCAAAAUGGACUUCUUGUGAGAGGCAAACCAGUGAUAUUUGAAUGUGGACCAAAUUGUCGUUGCCCACCGAGUUGCAGAAAUCGUGUGAGCCAAAAGGGAGUGAGGAAUAGAUUUGAAGUGUUUAGGUCAAGAGAAACUGGUUGGGGAGUUAGGUCUCUAGACUUGAUUCAAGCUGGUGCUUUUAUUUGCGAGUUUGCUGGACUUGUUCUGACUAGGGAGCAGGCUCAAAUUUUUACAAUGAAUGGAGAUAGUUUGGUGUAUCCGAAUCGGUUUGCUGAGCGAUGGAAAGAAUGGGGGGAUUUAUCACAGAUAUUUACUGAUUAUGUGCGUCCAACGUAUCCAUCAAUUCCUCCAUUAGAUUUUGCGAUGGAUGUAUCGAGAAUGAGGAAUGUUUCUUGUUACAUUAGCCACAGUUCGAGUCCUAAUGUUCUGGUGCAGUUUGUGCUAUAUGAUCACAAUAAUAUACUGUUCCCACACCUUAUGCUAUUUGCGAUGGAGACCAUCCCUCCUUUGAGAGAGCUCAGUCUUGAUUAUGGGGUGGCUGAUGAAUGGACGGGGAAGCUUCGUAUUUGUAAUUAGCUAAGGCUUUGAAGAGUUGGUGCUUUUCUGAUUGUGAUGCAAUUCAGUGCUUUGGGAUGUGAUACAUUGAGAUUGGAAUGGACAAUCCUUUGCCGUCAGCUUUUGCGACUCAGUUUCUCUUUGUUCCUUGGCACAGAAUGCAGCAAUUUUUGACAUAUUGCAUCAGAUUAUCAUGAAGCUUUUACUCUUCUUCUCCCAUGCUGCUGCCAUGUUACCUCACUACUUACUGGUCUUCGAUUCCCAACACCACAAAUUAUUACCUGAUGUUGAAGGGGAUAAACAAAUUGAUUGGAACUGAAAGACCUUACUCAGGUAAGUGAUUCUUCCGCAGAUGUUUCUAUUAAGAUGCUUCAGGACAUUUCUUCGCCAACAAAUCUCACCACCUGCGUGUGAGGUUUUUGAACUUGUAUGCAUGACUGUACAAACUCUUGUACUUUGUAGCUUGUAUAUAUAUGAAAAUCCAUCCAAGUUUUGAUUUAGUUUGUACAGGAAUUGUAUCGCCAAUGCAUUUGCAAAUGAAGGAAUGCAAUCCAGUUCUUUUAAUGCUUUCUUUUCAUGUUUUAGUUGAAUAAACUGAGGUGGCAGAGAAUUAUAAUUGAUCUGGAGGCAGACAAACUGUGUGUUUUUUGUUUUUUGUUUUUGUUAUUAUGUAAUUAGAAAUCAACUCCAGAGGCAGACAAAUUCUGUGUUUUUUUGUUUUGUUUUUUUAAAGUUAUGUAAUAAGUAGUCAAUUCCGAAGGAGGAUGAACAGGGAUUCUCAGUA